UCCAUGACAACAGCCUCCGCACAUGCGCCUCCAGCACCGGAGCCUGGGCUGGCGGCUUGAGCCGAAGCCGGACGCAAGCAGGGCGGAAGCUGGCUCGGCGGGCUGGGCGGCGGGAGCGCUGGCCGGGCUUUUAAAGGGGCGGUCUCCACCCGGGCCCAUUCGCCCGCGGGGACUGCUGAUGGUGAAGGCUGGGUGGGCUUGGGAGUCAGGAUCCAGGAGGCAGAGGAGAAGCAGGUUGCCUAGCCAUGGCCAGACUACCUGCCGCAGGCUCAGUGAUUGUCCCAGACUGGCACGAGAGCGCCGAGGGCAAGGAGUACCUGGCCUGUAUCCUGCGCAAGAACCGCCGGCGGGUGUUUGGGCUGCUCGAGCGACCAGUGCUUUCCCCGCCUGUGGCCAUUGACACCGCCCGCUACAAGAUCUUUGUGUCUGGGAAGAGUGGUGUGGGCAAGACAGCAUUGGUGGCCAAGCUGGCUGGCCUGGAGGUGCCCGUGGUGCACCACGAGACCACUGGCAUCCAGACCACCGUGGUAUUUUGGCCGGCCAAGCUGCAGGCCAGCGACCGUGUUGUCAUGUUCCGCUUUGAGUUCUGGGACUGCGGGGAGUCUGCGCUCAAAAAGUUUGAUCACAUGCUGCCGGCUUGCCAGGAGAAAACAGAUGCUUUCCUCUUCCUCUUCUCCUUCACUGACCGGGCCUCCUUUGAAGACCUCCCUGGACAGCUGGCCCGAGUAGCAGGCGAGGCCCCUGGUGCGGUCAGGAUGGUCAUCGGCUCCAAAUUUGACCAGUAUAUGCACACGGACGUGCCUGAGCAUGACCUCACAGCCUUCCGGCAGGCCUGGGAGCUGCCCCUCCUGCGGGUGAAGAGUGUGCCAGGACGACGGCUGGCAGAUGGACGCACGCUGGAUGGGCGGGCUGGGCUGGCCGACAUUGCCCAUGUGCUCAACGGCCUGGCAGAGCAGUUGUGGCACCAGGACCAGGUGGCAGCUGGCCUGCUCCCCAACCCCCCAGAGGACCCCCCCAGCUGAGGGGUGGUGGCAUGAUGAGUGGGCAUUCCCCACCCUCAGUUGACCCAGAGCAGGACCCAGGGCCCAAGGCUGGGACAGGAAUAUUGAUCUCAUCCCGAGGGCUGGCCAGAGGGUCCUAGUCGGGGAGAAUGGUGGCCUGAGAAGGCUCCCAGCCCCAGAGCACUUUCCUUGUGGAAUUCUUGGCAGUGAAGUGGGGCACAAGGCUCGGUAGGGCAGCCAUCUGAGGGCAUCUGGCUGUCCACUGGCCUCCUCCCUCUGCCCUAGGAGUCUGGGUUUCUGGAAACGGAGGAACUGUAUGCGCAAGGCCUGAGGGCUCAGGCAUCCCCCAGCCUCCCCCUGCCCUUCCCGCUUCUGCAGCAGCCAUGGAGUGUGACUGGGGAGAGGGGGUGCCUCAGCUGGGCCCUGGGCCUCAGGUGACUUCAGUCAGAGCCUGUACGUGUUAGUUGAGGUAACACCAUCUGCUGUACCAGGUAAACCCUGAACUCUCAGUGGCUUAACUUAAUAGAAGUUUUUUUCUCUCUAUGUCUCACCUCAGGUGGAAGUGAAGGUGGGUGGGGAGGCUCUGCUCUAUACACUGAUUCAGAGACCCAGCCUCUGACAUCUUCAAUGAGUUUCUUCCCAGUUUGUCCUGGGGCAUCAACAUCCCGUCAGCAGACGGGAUGAGUGCAGGUGGAAGGUCCCCCAGCAGGUUUCUAUGGACUUGGCCUAGGACAGUGUGCCUCAUUUCUGCCCACAUUCCAUUGGCCAGCACCUAGUCACAUGGUCACACAGAGCAGCAGGGGAAGUUGGGAAAUGUAGUCCACCUGUGUGUCCAGGAGGCAAGCACGUCACUCUGGAAUUCCUUUUUUUGACCAUGAAGCUGUCAAGUUAUGCUUAGGACAGGGGCCCUGCCAGCCUGGGGGAACCAGAAAGUAUCACUGGGCAGGGACUGGGCCAGGUGGGGGGUCAGGGCGUGAGCUGGCAGGAGGCCAGCAAGGACAGGAGCAGGAAGGUGAGUGACCUUGUGCCCUUGCCCCAUCAGCCAGACAGUAGUGAAUGUGGGCUAGAGUUGUAGGCACCUGCGGGCAGAUGCCUACAAAAUCGGCCUUUAUACUUUCUUUCCCUCCCCGGUGACACCCUCUCCAGCCCCAUAGAUGGACCCCUGGGCAGAGAGCCGGCCUGAGUCUGACCCAGCUGGAAGGGCCCUGGAUGCCCAGGUCAGCCAGCUGACCCUCAGAGCCCCCUCUCGAGAAAGCAGCUCUGAACACUCCACACUCACACGCAUGAUCAUGUGCCCACACACACCAGUACUUGCCCUAAAAUGCUGCCCCGCUUCUCCCUCCUGGCACACACAGGAGGCUCCUGCAUGCUCUCCCUGGCUUACGCUCCUGGCUUACUGAUGGCCUGCAUGGCACUGCUUGUCAGUCUGUCCACCCUGUGCACUGCCUGUAGGUUUGUCAACCUUUCCAGGGCCUAAAGCAUUGAUUUUAGCACCUUCUUACCCCCAACUCAGGUUCAGAGCUGAGACCUGAGCUUAGCCCAUGUCCCAGAGGAGGAAUGUUGCUGGGCAGGACCCAGGCCUCACAGCCUGCACAGCCCACCGGCCGACUCCUGCUCCCGCGCCGCAGAGUGUCCCACCGCCGCCUUCAGCUCUGCUUUGGCCCAUUUCCCUCUGGUCUUAGCUCCAGUAGACCUCACCCACCAGGCAGAGCAAGGCAGGACCCAGCAAAGGUGGCCUCUGGGCUGGAAUGUGGCCUUCCAGCUAUGGAUACCCGUGUGUGUAGUGGGCACCAGCUACCCCACAUCCCAGCCAGUUAUCUCAGGCCUUAAAGCGUCAGCAUCCUUCUUGGCCACCAGCUCAGCCAAGAGCCAGAGGCUGCUGUGGAGAAGUAACCUAGAUCCUCCCCACAGCAGAGCGGGACACUGGUUGGCACUGGUUAGCACUGCUCCAGUCGGAGAAUCGACCCCUCACACACUUUCACCCCAAACCAGGAGGUAAACAAUUCCCUUCUCCCUGAGUAAGAACGAAGUGGGGACCACAACGGUGCUAAGACUUGGAGCCGGCCACCUGCCGUCCCAGCGCUGCCUUCUCAGCCCCUCAGAGCCCAGGCCCAGUGCCACUUUAGUAUUUCAUAGGCUAUCCCCUUAGAGGCCUCCACCGAAGUACAGAGAACUGGAAGCACGAGGGAGGAGGGAGCUGCAGAGCCAUAAUUCUCCUAAUAGCUGGUGGCUGUCCCCGCAGAGUGGACUCUGGGCAGGGUCGUGGAGAGCGAAUGAGAAGAGAAUGUGUGUGCGCACACACACACGGACUCAGGCCGGCUUUGUGGGCCUGGCACCUGAGCAGUCCACAGGGCUCUGCACUGGGGGGCCCACACCUGGUUUAAUGCUCUGCUGUUGCCAUCUUGAAAUCCUUAAUAAUUUUUCAAUAGUUUUCCACUGGACACCACCAAUCAUGUGGUAGGUCCUGCACAGGAGAGGGUCCAGACUCCAGAUAAAGUUCCUCUCUCAGGGCCUUGGAGACAGAGGCCAUCCUGUGGCCUGUCCGGAGGCCACCGGAAGUCGGAAGUCGGGGAGUUGCCUUCUCCCCAUUUUGGUGCCAGAAAUUCCACCGUUAGGUUAAGCCUUACGACAGACAGCUCAAAGGCAAAUACCCUGCUGCUCCCUUUGUGGGCCCUGAGGCUACCUGGAGGGAAGGGGUGGUGACUGUGCCCCCAGGCUGGUUCAGGGGUGAGCCCUGACUUAGAGGGGAUCCUUGGGAAGAGGGAAGCCAUGUUUGCUCCUCCGGGCCCUAGAGCCCACAGACUUCAGGGCUCUAGAGGGAAGCUGGAGGGAGGAGGGACUAGCUUCUCCAGGGGUGGGGGUGUGUAUGUGCUGCAGCCCAGCCCUGGUGCUGUUUGUCAGGACAUCCCAGCCCCCUCUUCUUCCCUCCCCAAGCCCCUUUCCUACAGAGGGGGAGUGCUAUGCUCCAAAUGGUUGUGUCCCCCCAAGAUGCAUACACUGAAAUCCUAGUCCACAGUGUGAUGGUAUUAGGGGCCUUUGGGAGUGGAUUUGGUCAUGAGGACAGAGCCCUCAUGAAUGGGAUUAGUGCUCUAAUAAGAGGGACCCCACAGAGCUGCCUAGCCCCUUCCACCAUCUGAGGACACAGAGAAAAAGUGCUGGCUGCGAACAAGGAAGAGGGCCCUCUCCAGAACUGGGCUGUGAUGAUGAUCUUGGACUCCCAACCUCCAGAGCCAUGAGAAAUAAAUUUCUGUUGUU